AUGGCCUUGCCGCAAGCACCACCAGCCUUGCUGCCACAGCUGGAGCGCGGCCUCCCACCCCCACCGCCAGCACCGCCCUCGCCCACUCGGCUCGCCCCCGCCGCCUACCUCCAAGCUCUUCUAUGGCCGCUCGACACGCAGUCAUUUCGCCCUCGCUCGGCAUCACCGCAGGACGCCUGUGGUCCGCUCGCCUGGUCGAGCACUGAGCGCAGCCAAGCCGUCCGCAGUGCCGCAACCUCGACCUACCUCGUCCAUACAGCCGCCUUUGCCCUAUCCGCUCUCGGCCACGUCGUCAAGUCUCGCUCGCCCCGGUUCGCGUUCGACAAGAUUCCUGCUUCGCACUCGUGCUUCUCGAGGCCACUUAACCGUUUGGGUGGGCGCGCGCAUUAUACUCGGCAGGACAUCCAGAUGGAGCAGCAGGGCGAGAAGCUUUACGAGCUCUUGCGCCGAGCGAGAUCUUCUUCGACGAGCGGGAUCGUGUUCGGACUUUAG